ACCACCCAGAGGGAUGUGGGGCUUGGCGUGAGCCUGCCCGUGGACAAGGGCCCUCCUGCUGCAGCCAUCCCUCCCUGCUCCCCACGGACCCCAAACCUCCUGCACCUCCAUCUGGGCUGCGCUCGCUGACGACAAAGGCCAGCACCCUCCGUCCUCCAUCCCUUGCCCUGCUCUGCUUUCUGUUGUGCCCCUGCAGGUGUCCUGCUCCCCGCAGCAUGGAGGUGCCCGCCAGGAGCCCGGAUGGCAGCGAGCAGUGCCCGCAGGGCAGGGAGCUGAUGGCCAGCAGCACGGGCAGCACGCUGUGCAUGAGCUCCUCCCGCAGCGAGUCCGUGUGGACCGGCAGCACCCCCAGGAGCAGGUGGGACAUUUACCGCAAACCCCUGGUCCUGGUGGCCGUGGGAGUGGCCACCUUCCUCUUCGGCGUGGUCAUCACCAGCCUGGCCUGCUUCCUCAAGAAGCACAAGAAGGUUUACAAGAUGUCCGGCCCGGCCUUCCUGUCCCUGGGACUGAUGCUCCUGGUGUGCGGCCUGGUGUGGAUCCCCAUCAUCCGCAAGAAGCAGAAGCAGAGGCAGAAGUCCCAGUUCCUGCAGAGCCUCAAGUCCUUCUUCUUCAACCGCUGAGGGCAGCCAGGAGCUGCUCCAGGAGAUUCCCUGCCCUCCUCCAGCCCGCGUUGAUCAGCCUUGAGAACAAACACUUUCUUGUACUCCCCAGAGGAUUUCACCCCCGUCAGUGGCUUCCCUCCAGUGUGAAAAUGAACUUUGUGCUUCAUCCAAGUCAUCCCAGGGAAAAAGCAGCAGGAAUUUCCAGCUGAGCCCAGCAAGGCAGGUCCCAGGUCUCUGCAUCACCCCCCUGUCCAAAGAGAGACCCAAGAGCACAAAGCGGGUAAAGCACAGCCCCAGAGGAGCCUGGGCUGAAACAAAACCCCAGAGGAACCCAGAUCCCCCAGGAGGUUCUGCAGGAUCCACCAGCAGAGGGGAGAGGGGCCACAAUUCCUUCCAGCUCCCUGAAUUGCUAGAGAGGCUGGAGGGUCUGCACAGCAGCAGGAGACACAGCAGAGGGGCACAGACCCUACAGAGGGACACAGACCCUACAGAAGGGGCACAGAUCCUGCAGAGGGUCCUAAAUCCUGCUGAGGGUCUCAGACCCUGCAGAGGGACACAGAUCCUGCAGAGGGUCUCAGAUCCUGCAGAGUGUCUCAGAUCCUACAGAAAGGCACAAACCCUGCAGAGGGUCCCAGACCCUGCAGAGGGUCCCAGAUCUUACAGAGGGUCCCAGAUCCUACAGAGGGUCCCAGAUCCUACACCCCAGACCCCACUGCUCCAGGCACCUGGCAGGGCAGGGGCAAGGGAGGCGUGUGUGGGAAUGGUCUGGGCUGUGGGAGCUCAGGGCUGGUUCCCUCCCCACGCUCAGCCUCCCCCUGGCCCUGCUGAGCUCCCCCAUUCCUGGCACACCAACACCCCUGCCUGAAGCUGCGCCCCAAGGGGCUCAGAGCUGAGCUUUGUGUGUCCCCAGCCUGGCUGGCAGGGAGCUCGGGCUCACCCUGGCACUGGUGCCAGUCUGUGAGCAGGGCUGUGUGCCUGGCUGUGCCCUCCAUGCUCUCCAUGAUCCGUGUGGGCAGAGCUGGAGGUGGCACAUCCCAUCCUGGCAGCUGGCACAGCUGACUUAGGAGUGUUUGAGCACACAAAUCCCUUUGCCCCGGGCUCAGCCUGGCCCUGAACUUUGUUUCCUGACUGGUGCAGACACCCCUUGGCUGUGCCAGGCCUGGCACAGGACCAGCAGAGCUCUUUGUUCCUCUGCCACCCCUCGUGCCGUGCCAUGCUCGGCUGCUGUUGGCAAUCCUGCCCUGGCCCAGCUCCCAGCCCCUGCUCCUGCCGCUGCCACGGGCAGGGAUGCUCCCCCAAAACUCCUGCUGGGGCAGCUGCAGCCAGGGGGGCACCAGGAUUCAGCGUGGGAGGCCAGGAGAAGGUGGAGGGCACCCCAGGUGCCAGCUGGCUGCAGGGGUGGGCACAGGGAGAGACCCCGGUGGAGGCGCCUGGAGAUGGGUCCUGCUGCACAGAGCUGUGCCCAGCCAGGGCUGCCUGGCCACAGGGCUGCUCCAGGACUGCCAGAAGCACAGAGGGAGCUCCUGCUGCCCCUGGCCAAGGAGGAGGCGCUCGCUGAAAUGUCAGUGGGAUGGAACGUCACCAAGAAUUGAAUUGGAUUCCAGACUUUAUUUAUA